AUGGCCACCCACCUCCUCGCCAGCCACCUGACGCCGGCCGACGUCGUCGGCCGCUUCAUCGAAGUCACGGCCCUGGAAUUCGCGGACGACGGGAGCGACACGACCCAGGCCUACGUGCUCGAGUGGAAGUCCGGCGGCGGCCUCAUCUUCGGGCGCAACGACGCCGUCGUCCACACGCUGCUCCUCGCGGGCAUGCGGCGCGUCGACGCCGUCCUGCUCUGCGACAAGAACGUGGGCCGGGCCGAGGCGCGCGCGUUCAAAGAGUGCGUUGGCGCGCCGCGGUUCCUCGUCGCGGCGGAGAAGGCGGACGCCAGCGCGGACGCGGACGCGGCGCGGACGCGCUGGGGCGAGCGGGGUUUAGGCGCCCAGCUCGAGGUGUCCCUCUUCGCGGCGACGGAUCUGAAGGUGCCCGACGGGUCCGUCCAGGUCAUCGCGCGGACCUUAUGCGCGUCGUCGAAGCCCUUCGCGAAAGCUUUGCAGCCGGCGCUCCUCGAGCACGCGGGCGAGUUCAAGUUCGCGCCGGACAAGGCCGAGUCACUCGCGACGGCCUGGGCGCGGGCCGCCGCGCGGUCGCCGGCCUUCUUCUGCGGCGAGGAGAUGACCGUCGCCGAGGGCGUGUCGUGGGUCCGGCGGAAGAUUGUGGAGGAAAAAAUAACAAACCCCGACGCCGCCGCGCCCAAGGAAAAGGUCAAGCUCGCGGGCACGGUGCGCGGCGGCGCCGUCGUCUUCGCGAGCCCGGGCAAGGACAAGACGCCGGAGAUCCGGCGCCUCGUCUUCGGCGCGAAGCCCCGGGGCACGCGCGUCAAGAUCGACUUCAAGCGCCGCGGCGUCGCGGGGAGCAACACGGAGAACCUCGGGCGCGUGGACAUGAGGAUCGACGACGUCAUCCUGAAGAACGCCAUGUACCCGGCGGGCUGGGUGCCCUUCACGCACGGCGACGGCAAGCUGCAGGUCCGUUUUUUUUACCUCGAUCCGUACGAAGCGUCGUUCGACGGCGAGAACGUGAAUAGGGCCGCGCACGACAAGGCGGCCGCGCCCGCGAAGCCGGCCCUCGCGCGGCUGACGACGGACGACGAGUUCGCCGACGCCGUCUCCGGCGAGACCGUGGACGUCGAGGUGGACGACGCCGUCGUCGCCGCGGAAGCCGCGGCGAAGCCGAAGCCGCCGCCGCCGCCGCCGAAGAAGAAGCCGCCGCCGCCGCCGCCGAAGAACGAGGCGCGGCCGUCCAUCAGCGGCGGCCUGGCGGCCCAGAUCGCCGCGGGCGCCGGCGUGCUCCAGCCCGCGGCGGAGCCCGCGGCGGCGCCCGCGGCGGCGCCCGCGCCGCGGCCGUCGAUGAGCGCGGCGCUCGCGGCGGGCAUCGCGACGGGCGCGUCGGCGCUCGCCAAGGCCGAGCCCGCACCGGCGCCCGCGGCCCGGCCCUCCCUCGCCGGCGGCCUCGCGGCCCAGCUCGCCGCGGGCGCGUCGACGCUGAAGAGGGCGUCGGACCGCGAGAUCGCGCCCAAGGACGACGGCGACGACGACGCGGGCCAGGACCUCCUCUCCCAGCUCUCGGCCCGCAUGACGGCCCUCCGCGCCCACGUGCUGCACCCCUACAACAUCGAGGCGCAGAAGGACGGCUACCUCGCGGCCGUGAAGAACGGCGAGGGCGUCGGCCUCGACGUGAGUCCCUGCGCCGUCGCCGACAGCUACCUCCACCGGCUCGCGGCCGCGCUCGGCAUGCCGCACGUCGCCUUCGUCGAGGCGGAGCGCGCCAAGUGCUUCUUCGGCGCCGCGCCCUUCGGCAACGCCGUCCUCAGCCGGCGGCCCUUCGUCGACGCGGGGCACCUCGUGCUCGCCGCGGAGCCCGGCGACGUGCGCCUCGGCGGCCAGCGGCGCGACGACGUCGAGUCGCGGGGCGUCGUCUGGGCCGCCGUCGAGGUCGGCGACGAGCGCGUCGGCUUCGCGGCCGCGCACCUCGACCACAAGGCCGAGGAGCUCCGCGAGAAGCAGAUCGGGCGGUGCCUCGACCACGUAAACGCGCACUGCCCGGCGCUGCACCUCGUCUGCGGCGACCUGAACACGUUCCGCCGCGCGGACCACUCCGACGCGGCGUGGGACGCCAUCGUCGCCUUCUACGCGUCGCGGGGCUGGCCCCGGCCGGCGGAGCGGUCCCUCGCGCUCGACGCGUGCGAGGCGAGGGGGUACGCGGACGCGGGCGCGGGCGCGGCGCCGGACGUGACCUGCUGGACGCACAACCCGCUCUUCCGCAUCGACCACGUCCUCCUCAACGACGGCCUCCGCCGCGCCUGCGACGUCGAAAACUACCGCCGCGUCGAGUCCGCCGCGUCGGACCACUUCCCCGUGGCCUUCGACCUCACGCUGCGGGACUAA